AAAGUGAGGUUGCGUUGUCAGUCACCCCGUGUUUUGGAAGAAUGCUGAAGACUCUCCAGAACAUCCUUUUGCGGCGCUCCCAGUACUGCACAAGUGUCCAGAAUGUACCAACAGCCUCUGACUUCGUGUCUGUGACCCGGACAGUGCGUGAGCCUCGUCAAGUGUGGGUGGAGAACUUCGACACGCCAGAAGCCAAGAAGCUGGAGAUUCUAGAGCUGCAUCCGCAGGUGUUUGCAGCUCAGCCCCGAAUUGACAUCAUCCACCAGAAUGUUGUGUGGCAGAAGAAGUACAGAUUCGUGAGUUUUGCCCACACGAAGCAACGCUUUGAGAUCCGCGGCGGCGGCAGAAAGCCGUGGCCACAGAAGGGCAUGGGAAGAGCCCGGCACGGAUCCAUCAGAUCAAAUCUCUGGAGAGGCGGUGGCGUUGCUCAUGGCCCACGCUCGCCCACCACACACUUCUACAUGCUGCCCUUCUUCACACGAGUCCUGGGCCUCACGUCGACGCUGUCGGUGAAACUGGCGCAGGACGACUUGUUUGUGGUGGACAAUCUCGAUAUUCCCGUGGAUGAUCCCAAGUUCCUCCAAGAAAUGAUCGACACGCGCCAGUGGGGACCGUCUGUGCUGAUAGUGGAUGAGAGCGACAUCUUCCCCUACAACAUCACAGCGGCCACAGAGCAGAUCCCGCACGUGGUUAUGAUGCCGCUGUACGGACUGAACGUCUACUCCAUGCUGAAGUAUCACACCCUCGUCCUCACCAAGGACGCAGUCCAGAGGCUUCAGGAGCGCAUACUUUACCAGUUCAAUCGACCAGACGGCAAAGAACUUAGGAAGAAGUUCCGAGUGAGCCAGUGAACAUAAUUUAGCAUCAACAGCAAGUACAUUUAAUGAAGUAGCUUCACGGAAA